AUGCUACUUGAUUAAUAAUAAUUAAUUGUUAUUAUUAAUUUUUGGUUUUGCCUCCUGGCCUUUCUUUUAGUACAGAAUAGUGCUUGGGUCGAAUUAUGAACACUAUGGUGUGUUGGAGCUCUUACUGAAACGGCCAUUGAACUCCCACAAAAAUACAAAUGACCAUGCCAGAGGUUCUCAUGGUAGUGCUAACUGUUCUAAUUCUGUUAGUGUUUUUGUUUCUUAAAAAACCUUUUUUUGAACGGAGAAAUUGGGCUUCCAGCUUGGGCAUUCCAUCUGGAGCGAUGAUGAUGCACAUGUAAUGUUUGUAAUGCUGAAGAGAGUUUGAGUUUGGAAAACUCUACUGAACUUGAUCAGACACAGAGACACACUACAGACAUCCCGAAUACUUGUUUGACUUGGAGCUUGUACAAUGGGAGGAUGCAGUAAUUGAUGCUUCAUCAACCACUGUUUUAGCUAACAGAUUUUAAUUCUUAGAGGCAAGUGAUAAAGCACACAGCAUGUUUUUGAUCUCUGCUCGUUUUUUAGACCUGAAUACAACAGUAUUGCAAAAUUUGUAAAAAAGCUAUUCAUACUUUAUCAUUGCUUCAUGAAGGUGGAAUGCCCCCAAGUUGGAAGCUUAAUUUCUACCAAUAGAAUUAGGGCAGUUGUCAUGAUGAUUAGAGUGUCACUUGUAUUUUUAUGGAAGUUGCUUUUUGAUUAUGUUAAGCUGAUGAUAGACAUUUGUUUUGGCUACUUUCUAAUGAUAUAGGGAUGUGGGGGUAUUUUAGGUUGCAUUGCUAUGCCUCUGAGCUAUAGGCAUAGAAACUGCUUUUCAACAUGCUAAGCUUAUUGCCAUAAUGAAACAAAGCAGGCAUGGCAUUAUAGUUUAUUAUACCCUCAGGUUAGUUUAUGUCAAUCAUUGGUGGAUAUCGAUUUGGGAUUUCUCUGAAAGAGGGACCUUGAUGGAGGGAUGCCAAUGGACUCCUACCACUUGUGGUUUGGUUAAACAGUUACUGGUAUGCAAUAGAUUAUUAAUUGAUAUCUCUGAAUGCCCGUGAUAACAAUGUUAGGCUUCUCCUAACUUGAAACAGAGUGUUAGUUGCACAUCUAUAAUUACAUUACUGUAGUGCAGUAAGACUUGCAUGAAGUGGGUGCACACACUCUUUACCCCUCACAUAACUACUUCUAGUCAUAAUCUUUUGUCUCAGCUAGGUGAAAUAUGCUUAUAUUCUACACCUUCUGGCUUGUGUCUGAUGCUAGCUUAGCCUGCAGUGUUCUUGUGUUAACUUGUAGGCAGAGCAAUUUGUAUUUUGUUAUGUUCAUUGCUAGCUGUAUAUAUUUUAUACUCAUGUUAGUUGAGUUAGAAAUUGAGCUGCUGUUACAUGCGUGUUUGUGUUGGUGAAGUGACAUCUGGUAAUAGCUACAUAUAGUUUGACUGUUGCUUACUUGAUAAGCUAAUAGUGCAUGUGUGGGUAUUAGGUCUGCACGUUGUGUCAGCUAGCCUCGGUAUUAGCUAGAUAGAUCAACAUAUUGAAAGCAAUGUAAGUUAUGCAAACUGCUAAGGUGCACUUCACUUUAGGUGAGUAUUCAAUUCUUGUACAGGUUUUAUAGCUUUGGAAAGACAGGGCAGAAUGAAAAAUGAUGUAGAAUUAUUAAUAUUAUUUUAGAAUAUUGUACUUUUUGUCGCACUCAGAAACCUGGCAAACUAACAUGAAGACAAUCUACACACACUUGCUUAUACAGAAAAUUACUAAAGACGAACACGUUAGUAUCAAUAUAGUGAAAACAAGUCAGUCAACGUUGCAGUCCUGCUAGAAGACUCCAGAGGCCAUGGAUGGGCCAAAACUGCUGCAGCAUGUCUUCUUUCGGACAUAGCAGACAAUAUGAUUCCAAAUAUUCUGCCUGAUCGAUUGUUGUGAUAACACUUUGUGCGACAUCCACAAUAUAUUAACUCCCAUUCUUGACAUGAAGCAAUAAUGAAUGAUACCUGUGAUCCAUUGAGCAUAGAUGAAAUAGGUGCAAAAAUAUUAUUCUUAGAUCUCAACAGUGAUGACAGUUGUUGAAAAAUGUUGUGCCACAACUGAUUAAACAACUGGGCGCAAGGUAUACCUGCUUUUGAUAAGAGAAACUGAAUGUUCUGUACCAGAUCCAACAUUUUGGUAUUUAAGUGAUGUUUGAUAUUGGUGAUGUUUCCCCUGCAAUAUUAAUAAGGAAAGUUGUUACUAGUAGCGUUCUCAUGAUGUACAUUUCUUUCUCGACUUGAAGUAUUUGCCUGUAACCUUUCUACCUUUUGAGUCUUGGCUAGGAUUUUCUUGAGAUACUGUAGUGGUUGAUAUUGUGUGUUCUAGGAAAUCUGACUAUAUCUGAAGGAAUGCAACAAAAUUUGUGCUGCAUGACUAUCUUUUAUUGUUUAAUUAACCACAAGAGUUAAGGUAAUGCUAUGGUAAGUAGAGAGCAGGCGACAUUUCCUGACUUGCUGACAGCGCAUGUAUAACUGCCUGGUAGAAAAGAGCUUGGCAAAUGUCUUCUUCUGUGCUGAAUAGGGGGACUGGACGUGAAUUUUGAUGGUCUGCUAAAAUAUCAUUUGAUUAUUUUGUAUGUGAAUAGUCAGCAUAUAGUCAGUAAAUAGUUGGAAUCCUGACAUGGUGUAUGAGCCUAGUACUAAGGUAUGUGCAAAUUGAUUUUUAUUUUGUUGUGUGCAUAUUGUGGUGAACGGAAACUGUAACAAAGAGAUUCGAGUCGCCUUACUAUAGCACUGUACACUACUAGUAACUACACUACCAGAGUACAAAGCAAGUUAGUGGGCGUUGUCAUGGGCACAUCCUGUGAAGGCUGACUAUUCUGGUGUAGCGGUCACAUGGCCGGUGUGCUGUUGACAAGGCCCUUCCCUCUGCCCUUGUUCUGGCUCGCUAUUGGGUGGCUGCUAAUCACUUAUGAAAGCAUACCAACAUAACCCAAAACGACGAAGGUUCCAGUCGCGUAGUGGCUGUCUUUUGUUUGCUCGCUGUGUUGUGUUUCUUCCUUGGCUUUGUCUGUUUUGCCCCCUUUUCUUGUUCGCGGUCGCUAUCGUUUCUGAUCGCGUUUUCACCCUGCGAUGCCGAGCAAUUGAGCCGUUGGGAUUUGCGUCAUGUCUGGAGCGGAAAUUCUUACCCAGAGAGCCCCUCUGAAACAGAAUGGUCCCAGUAGCACGUCAGUUUCUGAUCUGACUGCCACGCAACAUUCAAACGGCGCCAACGGACACUUGUGCGAUCAAUCCAACGCCGCCACUGCUCUUAGCUCUUCUAAUUCUUCUUCUAACCGUGUGGUCGUCCACCUCGUACAGAACGGUUCUACUUCUCAUUCUACUGGGCAAAGUCACGUCGCUUCCGGUUCAACGUACAAACAGAAUGGAUACAACACUUCCACCACCUCCGUGUUGGCUACGUACGGCCAGAAGACCAAAGAGGUGUCGAGACGCCACCACGUUCGUGACGAUGAGGACGGUCAUCUUAUCUACCGUGCUGGAGAUCGAGUUGAUCGAUACGAAAUCAAGUCAACGUUGGGUGAGGGAACCUUUGGCAAAGUCGUGGAAUGUGUUGAUCGAAAAACCAACAAACGGAUGGCUCUAAAGAUUAUCAAAAACAUCGAGAAAUACAGAGAUGCGGCCAAAAUUGAAGUGCGAGUAUUGGACAAACUUCAGCAGAAAGAUCCAUGCGGAGAGAACUUAUGUGUGCAACUACGGGAUCGGUUUGACUAUUAUGGCCAUAUGUGUUUGGUCUUUGACAUGUUGGGACUAAGUGUUUUUGACUUCUUGAAAGACAACAGUUAUCGGCCAUAUCCUCUCCAUCAAGUACAACACAUUUCUCAUCAACUCAUCAAGGCAGUUGCAUUCUUGCACAGAUAUAGGCUCACGCACACUGACUUGAAACCGGAGAAUAUUCUCUUUGUUGAUUCUGGAAGUGAAACAACACAUGAUCCUGUAAAGAAACAAGAUGUUCGAGUAGUGAAGAAUUCAGAGAUUAGACUUAUUGACUUUGGUUCAGCAACAUUUGAUGAUGAGCAUCAUAGUACAGUGGUAUCAACUCGACAUUAUAGAGCACCAGAAGUCAUUCUUGAAUUGGGUUGGUCUCAUCCAUGUGACAUGUGGAGUAUUGGUUGUAUUAUGUAUGAACUUUACACAGGGAAUACUCUAUUUCAGACUCAUGAUAAUCUUGAACAUCUGGCAAUGAUGAAUGCUAUUCUGGGACUAAUGCCAUUGCGAAUGCGCAGGGCAACGAAGAAGACUAAGUAUUUCCGUAAAGACGAGUUAGACUGGGAUGAACGCAGUUCUUCUGGAAGAUAUGUCAAACAGCAUUGUAAGAAACUGAAGAAAUACUGCAAAGGUACAGAACGUGCACAUGUAGAACUGUUUGAUUUAAUUGGAAAAUUGCUGGACUUUGAACCAGCUAAAAGAAUGAUUGCUGCUGAGGCAUUACAACAUCCAUUCUUUCAUGUUCACAUUCCUCCGUCGUUAUUGUAGAAUUGAACUGAUUGAGUAUUAGUAUUGAUUGUAUAGGGCAAUAGAAGACAUACUGAUUUGUUGGACAGAAAUGUAAGAUGUGGGAACAGUGUAUAGAGCUAUUUAUGCGCUAUGCCCUGAGUUUUACUGUUGCAUACUAUUUAUACCAUCAAUUUAGAAUUGUAAUAUACUACGUGCCCAGAUGUAACUGUAAAAUGCAUAAGUACAUGUACAAUACAUUGUACAUGCAGUUUACUUAAAAAUAA